AUGAAAAUUUCAAUUAAAUUAAUUUCAUAAGUUUAUUAAAGGAACAAUAAAAGGUUAAGAUUAUGGUAAUUUGCCAUUGAAUAUAAAGAUAACUUAUUAUUUUUUAGGAGAGUUUAUGAAGACUUUUCUAAAAUUGUGUCUGUUUAAAAACAUUGUGAUCAAAAUUCUGUUUUAACAAAUAAAAAAAAAUAAAAACUGAGAUGA